GAACUACAACUACGGAACCGUCGGUAAAGAGCUCAAGGUCGAUCUCUUAAGCCAUCCGGAAUAUCUUGAACAGAAUGCAACCCUGGCCUUCCAAGCUGCCAUGUGGAGGUGGAUGACCCCAAUAAAAAAGAAGCAGCCUUCAGCUCAUGAUGUGUUUGUUGGCAACUGGAAGCCCACCAAAAAUGACACCCUAGCUAAAAGACUCCCUGGCUUCGGGACUACCAUGAAUGUUCUCUACGGGGACUUGGUUUGUGGUCAGGGCUCUGCUGAUUCCAUGAACAACAUCAUAUCCCACUAUCAAUAUUACCUUGACUUGAUGGGCGUAGGCCGGGAGUUAUCUGGCGAUAAUUUGGAUUGCGCCGAGCAACAGGCCUUCAAUCCAUCUGCCGAAAAAAGUUCUAGUUCCUGAGCUAAGAAGGGAAGAAGCUACCGAAGUCUAGCGACAACUCAAUGAGGAUGCUAUAGAUAAAUGGUUGUGCCACGAUACACCAUAUUUCGUGCUUUCUUUUUUUUUUUCCUAUUUAAGUGUGAAGAUUUAUAUUGGAGUUGGAUGUUGGAUAUAUAAGCGGUUGAUUGAGCUUUCUUUUUUUCCUCUUUUCUGUAGCUCCGUUUGUAAAUCAUUACUUCAUGCUGGAAUUCCAAUGCAUGCGGUUAUCAUGUAUCUUCAAGAAUGUUCCUAAAACCUGUGGACAUUGUUCUCACCUUUUGUGAAGAUGUAAUAUUUGUGUGCACUAUGCAACUUUGAUGACACUUGCAUUACUAUAUAUAAUAUGAAUUUUUGUGUGUA